GAUCUGUCUGGAGAAGUAAACGAACGAUUGCUAAAGCGUUGAAAAGUUUCCCCUCCUAGGUUGUGUUUUAUUUAGGAAUAUUUCUAAAAUGCCAGGCGCUUUUGACGCUAUUAAAUCUCCUGUUCACGACCAAAUCGCUGAACUGCAGAGGAAAAUUCAGCUGCUUGAGGGAGACAGAAGCGCAUAUUAUGAAAGUUCUCAGUCGUCCAUCAAAAAGAACAGGGAGACCAUCCUUCAGCUGCGGCAAGAGAACAAGCGAUUGCACAGGAAAGUCGCUGAAGCCCUCGCUGGAGAUGAACAAAUAAUUAAAGAAGCAUUCCAGAAACGUGGCAUGGAAAAAGCACAGUACAGGAGUAUGUCUACAAAGGAGGCACUGAGCGUUCUGGACCAGAAGGUGUGCGUGAAGAUGAAGAAGCUGAAUGCCCUGAAACACACCACGCAAACACAGCACAAGCGGCUGGAGGACCUGCGCCUGCAGUACCAAACCUUGAAGCCGGAGAGCAGACCCUCCCACACCGUAGUGCAGAAGAGAGAGGAGGAGGAGAAGAACCUGAGGAUGCUUGAGAACCGUCUAGACAAAGCCCAGCUGAAGUGCCAGGAGGCGGAGUACAUCAUGCGUGGCUACCUGAAGCUCAAAGCUCAUCUCCAGGAGGAGAGCCUGUCGUUCCAGUCGCAGCUGGACGGGCUGGAGGGGGAGAUCCUCCGGCAGCGGCAGGAGCUGCAGGACCUGCAGGUCAUGAACAACGACGCCGUGCUCUCCAAGGAGAACGCCAAGAUGGAGCUGCAGCGUCAGGAGGAGCAGGUGUACCAUGAGCGUCGGGAGAGGGAGAAGAUCCUGUCCCAGUACAAGAAGCAGGCGGAGGAGCGCCGGGCCCAGGCCGAGAGACUGGAGCGCAGGGCGCAGCGAGCGCCCAUGCAGCCGGACGAGCUGAGCAGCGAGGCCCAGCGCAGCACGGCGGACGACGGGGAGGAGGAGCGCACCGUCUCCACCUUCGAGGAGGCCUUCCACCGCAUCAAGGAGGCCACCGGCGUCACCGACACGCGGGAGGUGGUGGAGCGCUUCAUCUCGCAGGGCGAUACCCAGCGUCACCUGGAGGAGCUGAAGGAGGAGAACGAGAGGACCCUGCUGCAGCUCAAGGAGGAGAGGGACGCGCUGCACACACACUUCCAGGACAUCAAGUACUCGGGAGAGGCCAAGCUCUCCAGUCAGCAGCAGCUGCAGGAGGAGUGUGAGCACCACCUGGUGGCGGAGCAGCAGCGGUGCGAGGGGGCCCAAGAGCAGCUGGACUGGCUCAGCCGCACUCUCAACACCGUCCGCGCCGGCGUCGAACACCUCGGGGACAAGCUGCAGCACAUACAGCUGGCUGAGGGUCAGCGUCCCGUGCUGGAUGCCAGUUCUGACGAGUACGUGCUGGAGCUGCUGGCCCAGGCCGAGCAGAAGCUGCUGCUCAUACUGGAGGACCUGCAGGGCAGAGAUCUGGCAACCCUCACCAAACAGAUGGAGGAGCAAGACUUCUAUUCCAGCAUUGAAGGGAAGCUUCCCAGCUAUAACACUCGCAUCCAACUGCCUGAGACCCAGAAACAGAACCCCUAUGAAGAUGAGGACGACAGUGGGGAUGACGAGGGUGACAUCAUCACACGCACCGUCCUCAAGCGCCAGUCACAGCUCAUCGUCGACUCCAAAACCAAGAGGAGGCCACGCCCCAAGAAGAAGAAGGGCAGGCUCUGAUUGGCCGAAGGUCUUGAACAAGAGGCCAAUCAUCUGCAGGCACUACAGGCACAGGGAUAGAGCUGAUCUAAUACUUGAUCUAUCCCUUCUUCUGUAUAAAUUAUUUUUGUGUGAAACACUUUAUUUCACAUGGUCUACAUAAGGGUGACAUGUAACCUUCAUAAGAGUGACUUAACACGUGUCAGGAACAUUAAUGGUGCAACAUUAUUGAUGUUGAUGACCGUUGUCAUCAAGUGUAAUCUGGUUUUUGGAACGUCAAAAAACAAUUCCAAAAACCAAAUGACACAUUCUGUACAUGUACAUGACACCUUUAUGUUGACCGCAUCAAAUAGAUUGUUGUUGUUUUUUUGUUUGCUAUCAACACCAAUGAGAUACCCAACUACGUAGGUACUCAACUGAGUUUUCUACAACUAAGUUUGAACAUAUAUAUUCAUAUGAAUAUAUUUUGUCAUGUCAUUUGUCAUGCAGGGAUAUGUUUGCAAGGUUUUGACCUCUAUACAGAUAUACUGUAAUUGUUUUGUUUUUUUUUUCACUUUAAUCAUACUCACCUGUUGAUUGUAGAAACCACUGUAUACCGUAUACUACCUCUUCACAAUGACCAUAACGAUCUGUUUAUGACAAAUCUAAAUAAAUAAUGAUUGGAAGAAGA